CACUCAGGAUUCGAACCUGGUCACCUCUGUGGUGAGAACUGCGCCCUGCACUGAACCACCACAUUUUAUUGAACACCCUAAUUUGAACGCCUCACUCACCAAAGGUUCACUUUUACAAUGCAAAGCCCACAAGCAAGAAAACCAAACGAGAUAUUCCAAGAAAGAUAAGAAAAAAAAUUAAAGAGAGCUAAAAAAAUCUGAAGAAAAAAAUGGGUGAAAACAAGCAAAUCCCUACUCCGCAGUUCGAUCCGAAUGCAAAGUGGGACGCCUGUCUCGAUUUGGGUAUCCGCCGAUUCGUUUACUCCACCCUGGCCGGUGCCGUCGGUGGUUUCCUUCUCUUCAGGAGUCCUGUGACGCGCUGGGCAUUAAUGGCUUUGGGUGCUGGAGUGGGUAUUGGAUCUGCAUACACAGAGUGUUCUUACAAGUUUGAUGAGAAGUUGACCACCUCUAAGAUUUCAGAUCCUGCUUCUCAGGAUGGACAGGACUGAGAUUAGAAUUUGAAGUACCUUCAAGUUUUUGGUCCCAAAUCAGAAUUCUUCAUACAAUUAGAUUGGGUGUUACCGUUUUUCUGUUUCAGCUUUUGUCCAUGUAUUGCCAAGAUUGUUCUGGAUUGUUAAUCAUUUAACCCAAUGUAGUGGAAAUUUCAUAUGAAACCCUUAUUUCCUUUCACUAUGUAACUUAAUAUCAAUUGGGGUUUCGUAGAUGAAAACAAGAAAAAAGGAAUUACAGCUUUUAUUGAAGCGUUGGGCUAAAUGUAAGUGUGCCAACUCCCUUCAGUUAGGGUUUGGGAGAACUGACAAUAAUGUUGGAGCAAGGAAAAACAAGGUUACAGCAAAACGGCGGCAUGGACGAUUAACCGUUGCAAGCCAAGUGAAGAAGCUCGCGCUCUCUCUCUCUCUCUCUCUCUCUCUCUCAUCUCAUUCAUCAUUCGAUUCUCAAUCAAACCAUGGAAAUCGAUGAAAUACAAGAAGUCCAACUAGAAGAACCAUCUCCAUUACCAGCAGUAGUAAAAGAGCCUCCCAUGAUACACCGCCUCGAUGAGUCGGUGGUGAACCGAAUCGCCGCCGGUGAAGUGAUCCAGCGGCCUGUCUCCGCUGUCAAAGAACUCAUCGAGAACAGCCUCGACGCCGACUCCACCUCCAUCAACGUCGUCGUCAAGGACGGCGGUCUUAAACUCAUUCAAGUCUCCGACGACGGCCACGGCAUCCGAUAUGAGGACUUGCCAAUACUAUGCGAGAGGCACACGACAUCCAAGUUGUGUAAGUUUGAAGAUUUGCAAUCGAUUAAGUCGAUGGGUUUCAGAGGUGAGGCCCUGGCUAGCAUGACCUAUGUUGGUCACGUUACCGUCACCACCAUUACCAAAGGCCUAUUGCAUGGUUACAG